CUCAUUCGUUAUUCUUUCCUUUGUACCUUCCUUACAAUAUGAACUCACUAAGAAGAUCUCUAUUAUUCUGUUACCCACGACCAACAAUAAAGAUUCAAUGUUCCAGUUUUCAUUCCACGGUUUCCGUCAUGUUGCCCAAAGUGGUUGCCACACGUCGUCUUCUUCCUGACAGUCAGGCGCGACUUGAACGACUCAAGAACAUUGAACUGGUACAAUGGCAAGGCGAACACACUAUGCCUCGGGAACAACUUUUGGAAAGUGUUAAAGGUGCUGAUGCUUUGAUCUGUAUGUUAUCAGAUAAGAUUGACAAACAGGUCUUUGAUGCUGCUGGUCCUCAACUAAAGCUAGUGACAACUUUAAGUGUUGGUCAUGACCAUAUUGAUUUGAAAACUGCUCGGGAAAAGAAGAUAAAGAUUGGUUACACUCCUGAUGUUUUGACAGAUGCCACUGCUGAUUUGGCAGCAUUGUUGACCUUGGCGGCUGCUCGAAAUAUGAAACAAGGGAUUGAUGCUGUUCAAAAUGGAGGUUGGCAAGAUUGGAGAGCAGCAUGGCUAUGUGGAUAUCAAUUUACAAACAAGACUCUUGGUGUAGUGGGUCUAGGACGUAUUGGACAAGCAGUUGCUAAACGACUAGGCGCAUUUGGUAUCAAUCGGUUGAUCUAUUCUGGUCGAACAAAGAAAGAAGGUGUAGAUGGGGAAUUAGUACCAUUGGAUCAACUACUCAAGGAAGCUGACUUUAUUGUUGUAUGCUGUUCUUUGACAUCAGAUACCAAAGAAAUGUUUGAUUAUGAUGCUUUCAAGAAAAUGAAGAAGAAUGCUAUUUUUGUUAAUAUCUCUCGUGGUGGUGUGGUGAAACAAGCUGAUCUCGCUCAAGCUCUAAAAGAAAAAUUAAUUGCUGGCGCUGGUCUAGAUGUGACAACUCCUGAACCUUUGCCUUUGGAUGAUCCAUUACAAUCCUUGGAUAAUUGUGUCGUAUUACCACAUAUUGGAAGUGCAACUUGGGAUACUCGAUCAACAAUGAGUGAUAUGAUGGUUGAUAAUGUGUUAGCAGUUUUAGAAAACAAGACAAUUCCUUACGAAUUGAAAUAAAUUUAUAAUAAAUGUUGAAUAGACAAACAGGUUUUAUUAUUUACAUA